CAGAUCGGAGGUAUAGACCAAACAAUAAAUAUACACAAUGGACACGACCUCAUCAGACGGUUGACUAGUAAGCAAACGGUGGGACUCUUUGUGCCAAUACUUACCAAUGAAAAGGGAAAGAAAUUCGGGAAAACCGAAGAAAAAGCUAUUUAUUUAAAUGAAGAUAAAACCUCUCCGUAUAGUCUCUAUCAAUUUUUCAAGAAUCUGACGGACACUCAAAUUCAUGAGUACUUGAAAAUAUUUUCGUUUCGAUCGGACGCAGAGGUCGAGCAGAUGUAUCAAAAACAACUCCGGACUCCAAAGCCGUGGUAUUUGCAGGAGAUUUUAGCCGAAGAGGUUACACUUCUAGUUCACGGAGAGGCCGGCCUCUCAUCAGCAAAGCGAACGACUGACGCCUUAUUUAAUAAAGACGUGGAAGUGUUGGCCGAA